UUGGCCUAUAUCUCUUUUUCAAGAUUUUCUCGCAAGAGUACAUUAACUUGCUGCUGUCCAUGUAUUUCUUCGUGCUGGGAGUAUUAGCGCUGUCUCACACAAUGAGUCCCUUUAUGUGCAGAGUUUUCCCUGCUAAUGUGCCAAAUAAGCAGUACCAGCUGCUGUUCACCCAGGGCUCAGGAGAAGGCAAAGAGGAGAUCGUCAACUAUGAGUUUGACACGAAGGAUCUGAUAUGCCUGGGAAUCAGCAGUGUGGUAGGGGUCUGGUACGUCCUCAAAAAGCAUUGGAUAGCCAAUAACCUGUUUGGUCUGGCUUUUGCCCUGAAUGGAGUUGAGCUGCUCCACCUCAAUAACGUCAGCACUGGAUGUAUCCUGCUGGGAGGUCUGUUCGUUUACGAUGUGUUCUGGGUUUUUGGCACCAAUGUUAUGGUGACAGUUGCCAAGUCCUUCGAAGCCCCAAUUAAGUUGGUUUUCCCUCAAGAUUUGCUGGAGAAAGGUUUGGAUGCCAGUAACUUUGCCAUGUUGGGACUGGGGGACAUUGUCAUUCCGGGGAUCUUCAUUGCUCUGCUCCUGCGCUUUGAUGUCAGUUUGAAGAAGAACACAAGAACUUACUUCUACACCAGUUUCCUGGCUUACAUCUUUGGCCUGGGUCUUACCAUAUUCGUUAUGCACACCUUUAAACAUGCUCAGCCUGCUCUGCUGUACCUGGUCCCUGCUUGUAUUGGAUUUCCAGUGCUGCUGGCCCUGUUUAAAGGAGAACUGACUGAGAUGUUCAGAUACGAAGAGUCUUCACCAGAGGAGGCGUCAUCGAAAGAGGAAAUAACAGAAUCUGAUAAAGACAAAUAAAAAUGCUAAUUGAGCUC